UUGAUAUAAAAAUGAAUCUUCUUUUACCAGAAAUUCAACUAGAUAUAUUUAAAUGUCUUGAUUUCAAUCAAUUAUUAAAUAUUCAGAAAAUAAAUCGUUACUUCAAAAAUUUGAUAAAUAAAUAUGAGGAUAAAUUGGCAUUGAUGGAAUUAAUUAAAGUCGAAAUUUGGAUAUGUGGAAUAGAAAAAUCAAUUCCAAUGUUUUUGGGUUGUGGUGAUAAGGACGUAAAUCUCGUUAUUUUUGUAUUGGAACAGUGUUUUGAAUUCAGACAAGGUUAA